AUGGAAGAGAUAACGGUGAAUGGAAAAAGUUCAGUAAAGGAAGAGACCCCAACCAUAAUACUAGUCUGUUCGAGAAAAGAGGACAUGAGACGUUUCGAGGAAACUGAGGAUUGUUUCAUCUUAGAUUUCGACCCAUAUGACUUGUUCGACUUCUCCAUGCUCUCCUUGGACCACAAAAAUAACCACCAAGGUGAUGCCUCUAAAGAUGUCUACAUUGUUGGUGAAAACGGUAAGGUAGCUUGCAGGGAUUACCCGCAUCCAAGAGAUCUGUGUUUUAAAUUUCCGUUUACUACAACACCUCACAAGAGCUAUUGUGAACUGUGUUACUGUCGUGUAUGUGACAUACGUGCUCCUUGUAAGCAUUGGACCCGAUUUACGUCCCCACACUGUGAUGAAGUUUAUAGGCGGAUCUUUAAUUCUUUGGAUUGA